AUAUCGGUCACCAUUAAUGGAAUAGUUAUUUAGUCAACUCACAUAAAAAAGAGUAGUUGUAUCUUCUCCUCCUCUUCUUAAUUACCCCAUUCUUCACCCUUUUCAAGAUUUUCCUUUCAUUAAAUCCUCACGUAAACUCCAAGAAACCAAAUAUCCAUCCCCUGUUUCUGUUUCUGCUGCAUGCAACAAAAACAGAGCCAUAAGUCAAAUAACCUUACUUAUAUGCUUCAAGUUUUCAUAUUAUCUUUCAAAUCAUGUCGAUGUUUAACAAAUUAUUGUUGGUUUGGUUUUUUGUUGUAACACUGGUUCUUGGAUAUGUGUUUUCUGAAACAGAGCUUGAGGUUCUGUUAGAGAUAAAGAAGUCAUUUCUUGAUGACCCUGAAAAUGUUUUGUCAAAUUGGUCUGAUAAAAAUCAAAAUUUCUGUCAAUGGAGUGGUGUUUCAUGUGAAGAAGAUACAUUGAAAGUUGUGAGAUUAAAUCUUUCUGAUUGUUCAAUUAGUGGUUCAAUUUCACCUUCUUUUGGCUUUUUGCAUGACCUACUCCAUCUUGAUCUUUCUUCUAAUCUAUUAUCAGGUCCCAUUCCACCUACUCUGUCUAAUCUUUCUUCUUUACAAUCUCUUCUUCUUUAUUCUAACCAACUCACUGGCCCCAUUCCCAAUGAAAUUGGCUUGUUGAAGAAUCUCCAAGUUCUUAGAAUUGGUGAUAAUGUUGGCUUAACAGGGCUAAUUCCAAGUAGUAUUGGUGAUCUUGAAAAUUUGGUUACUCUUGGUUUGGCUUCAUGUAGUUUGAGUGGUAUGAUUCCUCCUGAGUUGGGAAAACUCGGGCGGGUUGAGAAUAUGAAUCUGCAAGAAAAUAAUCUUGAAAAUGGAAUUCCUGCUGAGAUUGGUAACUGCUCUAGUCUUGUUGCGUUCAGCGUUGCAGUUAACAAUCUCAAUGGAUCAAUCCCGGAGGAGUUAUCUAUGCUUAAAAACCUUCAAGUUAUGAAUUUAGCGAAUAAUAGUCUUUCAGGACAGAUUCCUACUCAGCUUGGAGAAAUGAAUGAGCUGCAGUAUCUCAAUUUGCUUGGUAAUCAGUUGGAAGGUUCGAUACCAAAGUCGUUGGCAAAGUUGAGUAAUGUUCGGAAUUUAGACUUGUCUGGUAAUAGACUUACUGGUGAAAUUCCUGGAGAAUUUGGGAAUAUGGAUCAGCUACAGUUCUUGGUUCUGACUAGUAAUAAUCUUUCGGGUAGCAUACCGAAAACAAUAUGUAGUUCUAAUCGAAACAGUAGUUUGGAACACAUGAUGCUAUCUGAAAACCAACUUUCUGGUGAGAUUCCUGUGGAGUUGAAAGAAUGCAUUUCACUAAAGCAGCUUGAUUUGUCUAACAACACGCUUAAUGGUUCGAUACCAGUAGAGCUGUAUGAGUUGGUUGAGUUAACUGAUCUCCUACUUAACAACAACACAUUGGUUGGUUCAGUUUCUCCGUUGAUUGCAAACCUAACCAAUCUGCAAACAUUGGCAUUGUCGCAUAAUAAUUUUCAUGGCAAUAUACCGAAAGAGAUUGGGAUGGUCGAAAAUCUUGAGAUUCUGUUUCUAUAUGAGAAUCAGUUCUCUGGAGAAAUACCAAUGGAGAUAGGGAAUUGCUCCAGAUUGCAAAUGAUCGAUUUUUAUGGGAAUGCAUUCUCAGGACGCAUUCCCAUUACAAUUGGAGGGCUGAAGGAGCUGAAUUUCAUUGAUUUUAGACAGAAUGAUCUCUCUGGUGAGAUUCCUGCCAGUUUGGGAAACUGUCAUCAGCUGAAGAUCCUUGAUUUGGCGGAUAAUCGUCUAUCUGGUAGCGUUCCUGCUACGUUUGGUUAUCUUCGAGCAUUGGAGCAGCUUAUGCUUUAUAACAACUCACUUGAAGGUAAUCUUCCUGAUGAACUGAUCAAUCUUUCAAACUUGACAAGAAUAAAUUUUUCUCAUAACAAACUGAAUGGUAGUAUAGUUUCCCUGUGUAGUUCGACGUCUUUUCUUUCGUUUGAUGUUACAAAUAAUGCAUUUGAUCAUGAGGUUCCACCCCAUUUAGGAUAUUCACCAUUUCUUGAAAGGUUAAGGCUAGGAAACAAUCGUUUCACCGGAGAAAUCCCUUGGACAUUGGGAUUAAUCCGUGAGUUAUCACUGCUCGAUCUCUCUGGAAAUGAAUUGAUUGGUUUAAUACCUCCACAGCUUUCUCUGUGUAGAAAGCUCACACAUCUCGAUCUCAAUAACAACCGGCUUUAUGGAUCAAUUCCAUCUUGGCUCGGAAACUUGCCACUCUUAGGUGAGCUUAAGCUGUCCUCAAAUAAGUUCUCGGGACCUCUUCCUCGAGAAUUGUUUAACUGCUCAAAGCUUUUAGUGCUAUCUCUAGAAGAGAAUUCUCUCAAUGGAACUCUGCCCCUUGAAAUUGGUGAACUCAAGUCCCUAAAUAUCUUAAAUUUCAACAAAAACCAACUCUCUGGUCCCAUUCCAUCUACCAUUGGCAACUUAAGCAAGCUAUAUAUACUCCGUCUCUCGGGAAACAACUUAACCGGUGAAAUACCAAGUGAGCUUGGAGAACUCAAGAAUCUUCAAAGCAUACUGGAUUUGAGUUUCAACAACAUCAUUGGUCAAAUUCCUCCUUCUGUUGGGACACUUACUAAGCUUGAAACACUUGAUCUAUCUCAUAACCAUCUCACCGGAGAAGUUCCUCCUCAAGUCGGUGAAAUGAGCAGUUUGGGAAAGCUUAACCUCUCCUACAACAACCUUCAAGGCAAAUUGGACAAACAGUAUGCACAUUGGCCAGCUGAUGCAUUCACGGGGAAUCCACAUCUUUGUGGAAGUCCUCUACAAAAUUGUGAAGUCUCUAAGUCCAACAAUCGGGGUUCAGGACUAAGUAACUCGACAGUUGUGAUCAUUUCAGUGAUAUCGACUACUGUGGCUAUCAUACUUAUGUUGCUUGGAGCUGCCCUCUUUUUCAAGCAAAGGCGAGAAGCCUUUAGAAGAGGAAGCGAAGUGAAUAGUGCUUACUCAUCCAGCUCUUCUCAAGGACAAAAGAGACCACUUUUCGCAAGUGUAGCUGCUAAGCGUGAUAUCAGGUGGGAUGACAUCAUGGAAGCAACAAAUAAUCUAAGCAACGACUUCAUAAUCGGAUCUGGUGGUUCAGGAACUGUCUAUAAAGCUGAGCUGUUUAACGGAGAGAUCGUGGCAAUCAAGAGAAUACCAAGCAAGGAUGAUCUCUUGCUAGACAAAAGCUUUGCAAGAGAAAUCAAGACACUUUGGAGGAUAAGGCACAGACACUUGGUGAGGCUACUUGGAUACUGUAACAACAGCGGAGAAGGUUCCAACGUAUUGAUUUAUGAGUACAUGGAGAACGGAAGUGUGUGGGAUUGGCUUCACAAGCAGCCAGCUAAUAAUAACAAGAGGAAAACAUGCCUCGAUUGGGAGGCAAGGCUGAAGAUAGCGGUGGGAUUAGCACAAGGAGUUGAGUACCUUCAUCAUGAUUGUGUACCCAAGAUCAUUCAUAGGGACAUCAAAUCAAGCAACAUUCUACUAGACUCAAACAUGGAGGCACAUUUGGGAGAUUUCGGGCUGGCUAAAGCCGUUCAUGAUAACUAUAAUUCCUACAACACUGAAUCAAACUUGUGGCUUGCUGGUUCAUUUGGUUAUAUUGCUCCAGAGUAUGCUUAUUCUUCGAAGGCAACAGAGAAGAGUGAUGUUUAUAGCAUGGGGAUUGUACUGAUGGAGCUAGUGAGUGGAAGGAUGCCAACUGAUGGGAGUUUCGGAGAAGACAUGGACAUGGUGAGGUGGGUUGAAUCGUGCAUCGAAAUGUCUGGGACAGUUAGGGAAGAGCUCAUUGAUCCUGUUUUGAAACCAUUGUUACCUAAUGAAGAAAGUGCUGCACUUCAGGUGCUGGAAAUAGCACUUGAAUGCACCAAAACUGCACCUGCUGAAAGGCCAUCUUCGCGCAAAGUUUGUGAUCUGUUGCUACAUGCAUUCAACGACAAGGUGGUUCAUUCUGAUAAGAUGAGUCCAGACAAUUACGUCUAGACGUUUAGUUCAAUGGAAAUUUCCUAAGUUUUGUAAGAUCAGAUAAUAUCUAUCUUGUGAAAAAAUUGAAUAUGUAAAAGCAUUGUUUCUGCCUAGGAAAGGUUUCCAUAAGAAUAUAUUAUAUAUCUAUUUUUCC